UGCAACUGCAAAGCUUCAUAACAGUGCAUAGAGUUGCUCGAUGGAUGUAACGAAACACGCCGAGCUCUCCGCCUCUUCAGUAUCCGCAUGGUGUAUCCCCCCUUCAGGCUGACAUGAAGGGUCCUUGCGAUUAAGCACGUUGCCUAAAGCGAUAGGGCCGCAGGUAGAGCGGCCAUGCCACCCCUAGAGGCCAAGCUAUGUAGGCGUCACCACUCACGGAAAGGACUGCGAAUCGAGUUCUGAACCAAGGGUUCUUUCGCAUAUUGGCCGUAACCGUCUUGAAUUCACCCAACUCCAUUGUCUGGUGCGGUUGUACUUUAGAUAUGCAUACAUAUGCACGCCGAGAUAGAAUACCUUGAUCGGAGAGAGCACACCGUUACUAACGUGGAAAUAGCUGCAUGUUUGAUGAGCAACUCGUGUUGACACGCAGCUCAUGGUCCCAUUACAAGGGACCGUACCCGCUGAUAACCUUGCGAAUCAUCACCACGUGCAGUUACGGAGGUUGCUUCUGGGUGGGAACUCAUAACAACCUGCAGGAUAUAGGUGAGCCAAGAGAUGAUGUAACCGAGGUAUCACGACAGCCAGAGGGAAUAUCACGCCCAUAUCACUGCACCUGGAUAAGAAGCACGUAUAUGUUACAAGUCGAGGCAGGUUGCUGGAAUUCGAAUCCACAUAUCGAUAUCGAGGUUGAGAGAGAAGGGUAACGAAUUCCGACGGAAACUUGUUUCGCUCAGCACCAUGUUUCAUAGCGUGGGCGGAAAAACUUGUGUGUCUCAUAAUCCAACCCCCCAAUUUGAAAGUCGGGUCGGGUCAGGACAGUAGCGACGAAAAUAAUCGGUAAUAUUGGACAAACAAAGAGUGACAAAAGAGUCCCGUCACUUUGGGCGAAUUGGGGUUACAUCGUUGGAUCGAUGGAUGUUGCUCUCCCCUCAGGGACUCAAUUAAAGACGCCACCUACAACUGUUUGUUCCAAUCAAGCAACGUGAUGGUCAUUCUCACCGCCCACUCAGCAGUCGUCGCUGUGCCAAAUGUAGCCAAAAAUAUCAAAGUCAACCUCGCAUCAUUUCCCCAGUACAGGGGGCCGGACAUUAGCAGUCCGCUCGC